AACUUCUUGGAAAGGAGAAUUCGGCACUCUUCUGCUACCUGUUAGUGAAUAGGGGCAAUUUGGUGUUGAUGCUGUGCCAGAAACCGUCCAACAAUGAGUUACUGGAACUUGGAGAAAAGGAACUGUGUGCAGUACCGCAGGCAUUUUCUGGUAGAUAACAGUGUGUUUCAUGUUGAAAGAUGCAUGAGUGUAAUGCAGUCUGGGACGCAGAUGAUCAAACUGAAGCGUGGAACCAAAGGACUCGUUCGGCUGUUUUACCUGGAUGAGCACCGGACCCGCCUCCGAUGGCGGCCCUCCAGGAAGAGUGAGAAGGCAAAAAUUCUCAUCGACUCCAUUUACAAAGUCACCGAAGGCCGGCAGUCUGAGAUAUUCCACAGACAGGCGGAGGGGAACUUUGACCCCAGCUGCUGCUUCACCAUCUACCAUGGCAACCACAUGGAGUCCCUGGACCUCAUCACCUCCAACCCCGAGGAGGCCCGCACCUGGAUCACCGGCCUGAAGUACCUGAUGGCUGGCAUCAGUGACGAAGAUUCCCUGGCCAAGAGGCAGAGGACUCACAACCAAUGGGUGAAGCAGACUUUUGAGGAAGCUGAUAAAAAUGGUGAUGGCUUACUGAAUAUUGAAGAGAUACACCAACUAAUGCAUAAACUAAACGUCAAUCUGCCCAGAAGAAAAGUUAGACAAAUGUUUCAGGAAGCUGACACAGAUGAGAAUCAAGGAACUCUGACAUUUGAAGAAUUUUGUGUUUUUUACAAAAUGAUGUCUUUGAGAAGGGACCUUUAUUUGUUGCUCUUAAGCUACAGUGACAAGAAAGAUCAUCUAACUGUGGAAGAACUAGCUCAGUUUUUGAAGGUGGAGCAAAAGAUGAAUAACGUGACGACAGACUAUUGUCUUGACAUCAUAAAGAAGUUUGAAGUUUCAGAAGAAAAUAAGGUGAAAAAUGUUCUUGGCAUAGAAGGCUUCACGAACUUCAUGCGUAGUCCUGCUUGUGACGUGUUUAACCCGCUGCACCAUGAGGUGUACCAGGACAUGGAUCAGCCCCUCUGCAACUACUACAUUGCUUCUUCUCACAACACAUACCUGACAGGGGACCAGCUCCUGUCUCAGUCCAAAGUGGAUAUGUACGCGCGGGUGCUGCAAGAAGGCUGUCGUUGUGUGGAAGUUGACUGUUGGGAUGGCCCAGAUGGAGAGCCAGUUGUACACCAUGGUUAUACUCUCACUUCAAAAAUUCUCUUCAGAGAUGUUGUGGACACCAUCAACAAGCAUGCUUUUGUGAAGAAUGAGUUCCCGGUUAUAUUGUCUAUUGAGAAUCACUGCAGUAUUCAGCAGCAAAGGAAGAUUGCUCAGUACCUGAAAGGAAUAUUCCGAGACAAACUGGACCUGUCAUCUGUAGACACAGGAGAGUGCAAGCAACUCCCAAGCCCUCAGAGUUUGAAAGGCAAAAUCUUGGUGAAGGGCAAGAAGUUGCCGUAUCACCUUGGUGAUGAUGCAGAGGAAGGGGAAGUCUCUGAUGAGGACAGUGCAGAUGAAAUCGAAGACGAGUGCAAGUUCAAACUACAUUAUAAUAACGGGACCACUGAACAUCAGGUGGAAUCUUUCAUAAGGAAAAAACUGGAGUCACUGUUAAAAGAAUCUCAAAUUCGAGACAAAGAAGAUCCUGAUAGUUUCACAGUGAGGGCUCUACUGAAGGCCACGCAUGAAGGUUUAAAUGCACACCUGAAGCAGAAUCCAGAAGUGAAGGAAAGUGGAAAGAAAUCGCAUGGACGAUCCCUGAUGACCAACUUUGGAAAACAUAAGAAAACCACAAAAUCGCGGUCUAAAUCUUACAGUACUGAUGAUGAGGAGGACCCACAGCAAUAUCCUAGCAAGGAGGGUGGUCAGCUGUACAGGUUGGGUCGCAGAAGGAAAACCAUGAAACUCUGCCGAGAACUCUCUGAUUUGGUUGUGUACACAAACUCUGUGGCAGCCCAGGACAUUGUAGAUGAUGGAACCACAGGGAACGUGUUAUCAUUCAGUGAAACGAGAGCACAUCAGGUGGUUCAGCAGAAAUCAGAGCAGUUCAUGAUUUAUAACCAAAAGCAACUCACGAGGAUUUAUCCAUCUGCCUACCGCAUUGAUUCCAGUAACUUCAACCCUCUGCCCUACUGGAAUGCAGGUUGCCAGCUAGUGGCACUGAACUACCAGUCUGAAGGGCGAAUGAUGCAGUUAAAUCGAGCCAAGUUCAAGACAAAUGGCAACUGUGGCUAUGUCCUUAAACCCCAGCAAAUGUGUAAAGGUACUUUCAACCCUUUCUCUGGUGACCCGCUUCCUGCUAACCCCAAAAAGCAGCUCAUCCUGAAAGUGAUCAGUGGACAGCAACUCCCCAAACCUCCAGACUCCAUGUUUGGAGACAGAGGCGAGAUUAUCGAUCCUUUUGUUGAAGUUGAAAUCAUUGGAUUACCAGUAGAUUGUUGUAAAGAUCAGACCCGUGUGGUGGAUGACAAUGGCUUUAACCCUGUGUGGGAAGAAACAUUGACAUUCACAGUACACAUGCCAGAAAUAGCUUUGGUUCGAUUCCUGGUGUGGGAUCACGAUCCCAUUGGACGAGACUUUGUUGGACAAAGAACUGUGACCUUCAGCAGCUUGGUGCCUGGCUACCGCCAUGUCUAUUUGGAAGGACUGGCAGAAGCAUCCAUAUUUGUCCACAUAACAAUCAAUGAAAUCUAUGGAAAGUGGAGCCCUUUAAUCCUCAACCCCAGUUAUACUAUAUUGCACUUUCUAGGAGCUACAAAGAGCAGACAGCUCCAAGGGCUGAAGGGACUGUUCAAUAAGAACCCCAGACACAGUUCUUCAGAAAACAAUUCCCAUUAUAUUCGGAAGCGAUCAAUUGGAGACAGAAUUCUGCGCCGCACAGCCAGUGCUCCAGCCAAAGGCAGGAAGAAGAGCAAAAUGGGCUCCCAAGAAAUGGUAGAGAUAAAGGAUUCGGUGUCUGAGGCUGCCAGAGACCAAGAUGGUGUCCUGAGGAGAACCACGCGGAGUCUGCAAGUGCGCCCUGUCUCCAUGCCUGUGGACAGAACUCUUCUGGGGGCUUUGUCACUGCCUGUGUCUGAAACGGCCAAAGACACAGAGGGAAAAGACAACGCACUGGCAGAAGAUAAAGAUGACAGAAGAAAAGGGAAGGCAAGUGUAAAAGACCCACAUUUUCCAAAUUUCAACAAAAAGUUCUCCUCCUCCUCCAGUGCUCUCCACCAUAAAGACACCAGCCACAGGGAUGCUAUGAUUUCUCCUGCCAACAUGUCACUCACAAGAGAACCAUUGGGAGGACCAGGUCCUAUGGGUGGAAGAAGCAAACCAAGUGUGACAAGUGAUGGCCAGGAAAACCACCAUCCCGAUGAACCCCUCUCGCCACAGCGGCAUUUGUCUGUUGGUCCUGCAGUUGACCUAACGCAAGAUCUGCAUGUGGUGAAAACCAAGGGCCAGGGGAGUGCUGAGGGCCUCGCGGAAGGGAAGAGCACACUGUCAGGAAGCAUCCUUUCUCAGAGCAAUCUGGAGAUCAAGGGCAUGGAAGGUAAUUGGGAAAAGGGCAGAGCUGCACCAUCCUUUUCUUUGUCAGAUGUCUCCAUACUCUGUUCUGACAUCCCUGACUUACAUUCCACUGCGAUUCUGCAGGAGAGCGACAUUUCCCAUCUUAUUGACAAUGUCACUUUAACAGCCGAGAACGAGCCAGGCAGUUCUGUCUCAGCACUGAUUGGCCAGUUUGACGAGACCAACAGUCAGGCUAACCUCACCGUUGUUUCUCAUCUUCACGAUACCAGUGUCACGUCCAGCCAUCUGCCCGUGCCUGCCCUGGGCCUAAAAAUGCCCUUGAAGCAUGAUGUUUCCAAGGAAAAACCCAAGCCGGCCUUCCUGUGUUCAUCUCCUGAGCUGAUCGUACUCUCAGAUCCUGGGACCACUAAACAUGCAGCGUACACGGUUGUUUGUGAAACUACCUGUACUCCCGUCUCAAAAGCCAAACUAGAUGACAACCUUUCUGGUAAGGCCAAGACAAGGGCCACCGAAGAUAACUUGCCUGGAUCACCUACUACUUCUCAUGGCUGGUUACCAAAAAGUCCCCCCAGCGGAGGAAACUGGCAAAGGGCCAAGGGCUGCAGCCCUGCCAGGUCCACUGACCUGACGCUGGAGGGUGUCAUAGCAGAUCCCACACUCUGUUUAAAUUCUGGAGAGAGCAGCCUGGUGGAAAUUGACAGCGAAUCAGAAAAUCUGUCUCUGACAACGUAUGAACAUAGGAGAGAGGACACAAGUCAACUUACUUCUCCUUUAAAAUUGAAGUACAGUCAGGAUGUGGUGGAACACUUUCAACGAGGUUUGAAAAAUGGCUACUGUAAAGAGACCCUCCACCCUUCGGACCCUGAAAUAUUCAACAAUGUUCAAGAUGUUAAAAAUCAAAAUAUUUCUUGUCUAGCCUAUCAGGGUGCUGGUUUUGUGCAUAAGCAUUUCUCAAAUUCAGAUGCAAAAAUGAACCAGAUCCAUGGGCCCCAGCAGCCUAGUGCUCAAGAUAUGCAUGUCCCUGUACCCGAGCACUCAACACGUCCUCCGCUGCCUGCUUUGAAGCUGCCCAGUCCUUGCAAAUCCAAAAGUCUGGGGGAUUUAACCUCAGAGGACAUUGCCUGUAAUUUUGAGAGCAAGUACCAGUGUAUUAGUAAGAGUUUUGUUACAACCGGCAUCAGAGACAAGAAGGGCCUGACUGUGACAACAAAGUCACUGGAGCCUUUAGAUGCUCUGACCGAGCAGCUUCGGAAGCUGGUGUCUUUUGAUCAGGAAGACGGCUGCCAAGUGCUGUAUUCAAAGCAGGACGCUCAUCAGUUCCCCAGGGCACUGGUCAGAAAGUUGUCAUCAAGAAGUCAGAGCAGGGUACGCAAUAUUGCCAGCCGUGCCAAGGAGAAACAGGAAGCCAGCAAGCAAAAAGUUGUGAACCCCAGCAAUGGGGCACGGGUGGUUCUUAGAAACAAACCCUCAGCACCAGCCCCGGCCGGGAACCGCCACUCCACUGGCUCCUACAUAGCAGGCUACCUGAGGCCGGAGAAAGGGGGCGGCCUCGAAGGCCGGGGCAUGCCAGAGGGGGCGUGCACAGCCCUUCGCUAUGGCUAUGCGGACCAGUUUUGUUCUGAUCAUUCUGUUUUGCAGACUGAGCCAAGUGGUGAUGAUAAGCCAGAAAUUUAUUUUCUUUUGAGACUGUGAAUUAUACAGAGCUGCAUUCUCAAUGUUUACAAAGUAUUCUGUACAAUGUCAGAGGUUUCAGUUUUCAGUAAAUAUGGUCAUUGGCUUUGAAAUGAUUUUCAGAUGUAUUUUUAAACCUGUAUUUUGGUGUCCCUUUGACUUCAUGUGUUCUCCCUGUUGAUACGUUUAUGUGUAGAUUUGGUGAUCUUUCUCCCCUGGGGUGUCGUAAACUGUACUGGAAUGAAAUAUGUGCAUGCCCUAGAUGUGAAACUUCUCAGCAGCUUGGGUUUCAACGUUCCUACAUUUCCCCAAGAUGCUCUACUGUGUCCUCAGAUCACAGCCACCAACGUCCUCGUAUUUACUCUUAGGACGACAAAGGGAUGAAUUCUUGAGUUUAAGCUGCUGUCAUUUUUCCUUCUGCAUUUUUAUAACACAGUUCAAAGUGGUUUAAAGUCAUUAUCUUGCCUUUUAAGAUUUCUUCACCCUACCCAGACUGAGAAUUUCAAAGGAGAUUGGUAGCUGCUCCCCACACCCUACCUCCUCUUUUUUAGAAUAGGCUGUGAGGGUAUGAGGAAGAAAACAAAUUUCUGUAUAUAAAGACAAAAUUGUUUGUUUUGCAUAAAUUUUGUUACAUAUUUUUGCUAAUAGCUUUAUAUGUAACAAGAAUCCAGUUGCCAAGCUAUUUGUUGUACUUUUGGAUUUUCUGAUAAAUUACAGGAUGCGCAAAUAAUGGCUGUCAGAAUGAGAGACUUCCAUUAGACCCUAACAAUAAUAGUGUCACAAAUUGAAAACUUUCCCAACUCUUUCAAGAAAACAAUAUUUUCUCAUAAUAAAAUCCAAGUAGAUAGAUAAGUAGAAGAAAUCUUUUUUUCCCUUCAGGGAACCACAUAACUAACUAUAUUUUAGUAUUGACAUGCUUUAUUUUCAC